AAUCGGGCCAAGGCCCAAAAGGGAGGGCGGGAGGUGACGCGGCCGGGGUCCGGUGGGGUGAAGGGGUGGCUGAGGGAGAAGGGAGCCUGCGAAGCCCUGGCCGACUGCGUGCGUGCGGGGCAAGGGAGGAAGGGGAGGGGCAGGCAGGCAGGCGCAGGUCGGCCUGGCUCCGGGUCCCCAAGACCCCAUUUCGCUCCCAGCCAGACCCCGCAGACGAUGGGAGAAGUGGAGAUCUCCGCCCGGGCCUACGUGAAGAUGUGCCUCCAUGCUGCCCGCUACCCGCACGCAGCUGUCAACGGGUUGCUGCUGGCCCAGGCGCCCCAGGCGGGGGGCUGCCUCUGCCUCAGUGACUGUGUGCCCCUCUUCCACAGCCAUCUGGCCCUUUCUGUCAUGCUGGAGGUCGCCCUUAACCAGGUAGAUGUGUGGGGUGCCCAGGGCAGUUUGGUGGUAGCUGGGUACUACCAUGCCAAUGCCUCGAUGAAUGACCAGAGCCCUGGUCCCCUUGCCCUGAAAAUUGCUGGACGAAUUUCGGAAUUUUUCCCUGGGGCAGUGCUUAUCAUGUUGGAUAAUCGGAAAUUGGUGCCCCAGACUCGAGUGCCGCCUAUCAUUGUCUUGGAGGCUCGUGAUCGACGCUGGGUCCCCAAAGACAAGAACCUGGUGAUGUGGCGGGAUUGGGAAGAGUCAAGGCAGCUCCUUCAAGCACUGCUGGAAGGCCGGGCCCACCGGCUACUUGUUGACUUUGAUGCCCAUCUUGAUGACAUCCGUCGUGACUGGACAAACCAACAACUCAAUACUGAAAUUUCUCAAUGGGUUGCUGCUGCCAAUGGGGCUGCCUGAG